AGCGGCGGAGCGGGGCCGCGAUCCAUCCCCGUGCCCCCUGCUGCCGUGAGGGAGUGCAGGAAGCGGCGGAGCGGGGCCGCGAUCCAUCCCCGUGCCCGCGGCCGCCGUGAGGGAGGGCAGGAAGCGGCGGCGGGCGGCCCCAGCCCUUCCGGGGCGCGGGAGGCCCAGGGGCGGCGGAGCCGGGGCGGCCGCGGCUGCAGCGCGGAUAUGGAUAACAGGAAGGAUGAGAAAAGCAGGACGCUGUGUGCAACCUCAGAAGAAGGGCUGAAGGCCCGAGGAAAAGAGAAAAGGAAACGAAAGCGCAGCAGAAGCAGAUCCUCAUCUGUUUCAUCCACAUCGUCUUCUAGCAGUACAUCCACUUCUUCCUCCUCAUCACGUUCAUCAACAAGGUCAUCUUCUUCCAGUAGUAGUAGAGAUUCUCCUAAGUCUAAGUCAAAGAAAAAGAAAAAAGAAAAACACAACAAAAAGAAAAGGAAAAAGGAGAACAAGAUGAAGAAAAAGAAAGAGAAGAAGAAAAGGAAAGAGAAAACAGGACCUGUCCAGCUUUCCAAGUUCUUCAAAAACAAAAAGAAGAAUGAGAACUACAGCAUGAUAACUGGAAAGAAAAUUAAGAUGAAAAUAAAGAAGACUAAGGAAGAUAUAGAGAGAGACCGGAACCGUGCCCAGCUCCUGGAAUUUCUGAACUCUGCCUUGUAACGGGAAGAGUCCUCACCAAGGACUAGCAGAUGUACCAAGCCAACCAUCAUCCUAGCAGAACACUAAAGAGAAACUCAGGGAAAAGGACACCAAGUUGGACAAGACCAGACCCUCCUACUGAGAAGAAAAUUGGAAUGUCCUUUCUUAAUGGCAAAACACAGAGUAGCUGAUAACUUGUUAAGGGAGAUCCAUGUCCUCCUUUUGAGAUCCUAAGGUAAUAGCCAGGCUGUGGUGUUUCAGAAAAGCCCAAGUGUGUGUGUUGUUCACAAUGAUAGGAAAUGACACACUGAAGUCCAGCAAUGUAAUUUCUAUCUUAACUGCAUGCAGAAUGCACUCUUAAUUUCAAAUGUCUUAAUUUUUCUAGUAGUUUAAGCAGAGUAUUUGUAAAUGUGUAUUUGAAAGAUGAAGUGUUUCUUUCAUGUAUAUUUUUUUUCUGGUAGUGGUUAUGCGUAUCAUAAAGAGCAAACUGACCUUUGUAAAUAGAACAUCCUUUUACAUAAAUGAUUUUUUUUGAAAGUUCAUUCAGUGAUAUGUUAUUUUCUUUUAGAACUUGAGAUGUGGUGUUUCUCUGGACAGCUUAUUGCUCUCUCUCAUUAGAAAGUGUAACAGCAAAAUACUCUAGAGCAAUAAUGGUAGCAAAUUAUUUUUAUCCUAAAAUAGAAGCAGGAAAGGUCUCUGGUUUUGUUUGCUUAUCUGAAUCAGUUGUUCAGUUCGUAAUAGAUAGUUUACACCCCCCAUCUGGAGUUGCAGUUCCUAGACUGAAAGUCUGGAGUUGUGGCCUGCUUUUCUGAUCCUGUGAGCCUAUAUCAAAUCUUUCUCUCUUUGAAGUGCAGCAAGGCACAUACCAUGGACAUGCCUUAGUCUGAUGGAGAAAGAGCUGUGGAAUGGUGUUGAGGCAGGCAGUGACAGUGACUUCACAGGUCUGCUGGCAGUCCACUGUGAGAUGAGAGAGGUCUGGACAGGCAGCAGGAGCCCAGCACAGCUUGUGGGUGUGCCAGCUGUGGUAAUUUGCUCAGAGCCUGCACUCUUCCUUCCACACCUUGACUCCAGGUUACCCAGCAGGUCCCUCUGUACAUAGCCCUGCUGUGGGAGUUCACUGGAAUCACUCGUGAAGCAGGUGCUCCUCAGGAGCUGUGGUUUAGGAAUGCCUGAAGGAAGGACUCAAGGGGAGUUGACUGACAAAAACAUUAAGUGUACAGCAGUCAGAGUGGGGGGGAGAUCAUUAAAGAGUAAAUGGAAAACUGUG